AUGGGUAUUAGGAGAUUAAUUGGUGGUAUAACGCGACCUAUAUUCAAUAAAGUCAACCCAUCUAGUAAAUACUCCAGAGUACGUGCUGGUAACGAAGACCGGGAAAAACCUUCGCUCAAGUAUAACAGCAGUGAUAUUGUGGCAAAAAAACCUUACACAUAUAAUACUUUCUCUAUUCUUGGCAUAAUAUGCAUUUGUUCGAUUUUACUAGUAUCGUUAUUUAAACGGUUUGGCGGCGCAGAUGCUCCCCAGUGCAAGUCUAUUUAUAUGUACCCAUCCUACGCAAGGAUAGAUGGUUUUGACGAAAGAUAUACGCCAUUGGCCCACAAGUAUCACCUUUACUUGUACCGGGAACAAAGCGUAGAUAAAGGACCACUAAACGGUGAUGAACUACAACUCGAUGGUAUUCCUGUACUUUUCAUACCUGGAAAUGCAGGCUCUUACAGACAAUCUAGAUCAAUCGCCUCCGCAUGCUCUAAUUUAUAUGUUGACCCUGAUAUCAGAGCAACUUUGAAUAAUAAAAAUGUACAAAAUUUGGACUUCUUUACAGCCGAUUUCAAUGAAGAUUUUACUGCCUUCCAUGGUGGAACGAUGCUUGACCAGGCAGAAUAUUUGAAUGAUGCCAUCGCGUAUAUUAUGUCCCUCUAUGAAAGAACUCCUGAUUAUCCACAUCCGAUCCCAGAAUCCGUUAUCAUUGUAGGGCAUUCUAUGGGCGGUAUCGUAGCCAGGGUCAUGCUAACUUUAAGGAAUCACGUCCCAGGAAGUAUAAGCUCCAUAUUGACUUUAUCUUCACCUCAUGCUGCCUCGCCAGUGACUUUCGAUGGUGAUAUUCUAAAGCUUUACAAAAAGACCAAUGAAUACUGGAGAGGUCAGUUAUCGCACAAUGACACAUUUUUCUCAAAUAAUAUUUCACUGGUUUCCAUCACGGGCGGCAUAUUAGACACUACUUUACCUGCAGAUUAUGCAUCUGUAGAGGAUUUAAUAAGCUUAGAUAAUGGGUUCACAAGCUUCACAACAACUAUUCCAGAAGUUUGGACUCCAAUUGAUCAUUUAGCCAUUGUUUGGUGUAAGCAGCUGAGAGAAGUUAUAGCGCGGUUUCUAUUAGAAUGCACAGAUGCCUCCAAACCCGAAAAAGUCAAGACAUUGGAUGAAAGAUUGCAAAUUGCAAGAAAACUUCUCCUUUCGGGUUUUGAGGACUACGCAUCAGCGCAUAGUCAACUGAAUUAUCCUCAGGAGAACUUACAGGAAUUCAGUGACAACUUCUUUUCGGAUUAUACAACCUUGGAGACGAACAAUGUCUUGAAUAUUACAGUAUCUAACCUUAGAAACUGGGAAAAUAAUUAUACAAAAAUAGAUCUUCCAAGUAACAUAUCCUCCACGGAACACCUAAAAUUCAUGUUGUUGACUAGUUUGGAUAUCCCUAUGGUAUAUUUUUGUAAGAAGUCUUCGAACCUGAGUUGCAUAGCGGCCGAUGAUAGUAUUUUAACAAUACCCAGGUCUUCAAAAGGCAUUCAUUUUGCAGCUGAUUCUUCCUUCGGAGAGAAAAUAAAUCCAUUCAAAGCAAUCAGUGUCGGCAAAAGCAUAUUACAAAAGUACGACUACCUGAUGAUAAGUAAACCUACUUAUGACGACUUUUCUGAACAAGAAGCUCUCAAAAAAAAUGAAGGUUUUCUUUUGGCCCACUUAUCCGAUGAGUCCAAUUUUGAAGUGAGUAAUAUCACGCCUUCUCAAAUUUUACUCUUUGGCGAAACAUUGCGCUUAAGUGGCAAAGGCAUUGAGCAAGUCAUAAGUUUUAGUAACCUAUGGGAUUCUUUACUAUCGUACAAAUUAGAGACAAAAAUUGAAGAAAACAAUGAAAGCAUUGCGGCUGAUGAAGCGUUAUUUCAGCCUUUCAUAAGACAGUGGAUUUACGAACCGUUCGAGACCAAAUGGCACUUGGAUAUCCUGAAUCAAGACAUCGAGAUAAAUAUGCACAACGUAGCACCAUUUAUUCCACUAAAUGUAACCGAAUCAAGGGCGCUUCAAUUAAGCUUUUAUAUUCCGCCUGGAAUGUAUCUGGAAGCUAAGAUGACCAUUAAUUGGUCUUUGACUUUGAAAAUGCUUUUUAUUAGAUACAGAUUAGCUCUUGCAUCGUUUCCAAUUGGAUUCAUUGCGCUCGUACUGGCAUACCAGUUCUACUGGUACAACAAUACGUCUGAAUUCCCUCCUUUUGAUGCCACCCUGGGUUAUAUUUUGAAAAAGCAUGGAAUACUCAUGAUUUUUACACUUUUUUUAGCUUCACCUGCAGUCAAUAAUAAGUUGGCCCAGCGAAUACUUUAUUUGUUAGAUCCCAUUGGUUUGAAUUAUCCAUUUCUUUUAUCCAAAAAACAUAUGCAUACAAAUUUUUAUUAUUUGGGGAUUAGAGAUUGGGUUAUGUCGACUAUUGGGGUAUUGUUUGGCACUAUGACGAUUGGUUUGCUAGCUCUAGUUUCCAUGAUUCUCAAAUUUCUGGGAUCAAUAAUAAAUCUUCUUCAACAAAAACUGCAAAAUGGAAAUGCUGAGGCCAAGGAAAGUGUUCACGUUGUUGAACCUAGGGUAUAUGGUAAGGGUAGAUUAAUGGCAUCGGUUUUUUUAUUGCUUUUGAUAUUUUUUUACAUACCAUACCAAAUGGCUUUUAUUAUUACGCUGGUGAUUCAAAUAAUUACCUGUAUUAGAGUAACCCUAUUACAAGCAUCAAACAACGCGCAGAAAACUAACUUACUGAAUUUUAAUAUGACGUUACUUAUGCUCUUAUUAUUUGUGAGUGCAAUCAACAUUCCUAUCAUUAUUGUUUUCUUGCAUAAUGUCGCCAUCAAGUGGGAGACUUCAUUCAAGUCGCAUCACAACGUCCUAGCCGUCGCACCGAUAAUUUUUUUAGUUGGAAAUAAUUCUCUUCUCAAGAUGCCAAAAAGCGCAUCUAUAAAUUCGUUAGAUGGUACGAUCACUAUUAUCCUAUUCGUUUACUUAACAUUCUUCAGCUUUGUUUAUGGAAUAAGAAACUUAUACUGGAUACAUCAUUUAGUAAAUAUAAUAUGUGCCUGGCUACUAUUUUUCGAAGCAAUAAAUUAG